UAAACCACACUCCUCACCCUUGAAAAUUUUCAUCACUCAUUUUCAUUCCAAUUCCAUUACCUUUUCAUCACUCACUACUCCAAAAUCAAUCCACAACCAUGCCAAAUAAACUUCAGAAAACCCUUCAAGAUUACCUCAACAAAAUCAAAUACAAAAACCCUCACCCUCAAAUUAAAUUAACCAAAAUGCUAUCUGGUUGCAAACAUCCUAAGACACCAUCCUUUUCCCUAGAAAACGGCAGAACAUCUAACCACGUUAACGUUAACGUUAACGUCGACGAUGCAGCCACUUUAGCUGACGUUGACCGUUUUCUCUUCGAGAAUUUCAAGUCUCUGUAUUUCAAAGACGAUGAAGAAACAGAAAACAACACCAACAAAAACAUAAGAAUCUCCGAAAAUGAAGAACCACAAAAACUCGAUUCCUUUUUGUUCGAAUCGCCAAGGCUUAUCACAACACCACGACCAGAUCUUUGUCGAUCCACGCGAUUCUUCAUGAAACCAGGAAAUUCAGGAUCGUUGAUGGAAGAUGCUUUAUCUCUAACAAACAGUGAUGAAGGUGGUUCAAGCAAUUCGAAUUCAUCAUCAACAGCAUCACCUUCAAAGGAAGCUAUUAUCGUUAACGAUCAUUCAUCACAAUCACUUCCUGAAAAUUGCGUUGCUCUGUUAACGUAUUCGCCAAGUCCUUACGAUGAUUUCAGGCGAUCAAUGCAAGAUGUGGUGGAAUCGAAAUACGGUAACAUCGAAAACAAUCAAAGCAAAAUUGAUUGGGAUUUCAUGGAGGAAAUUUUGUUUUGUUACCUUAAACUUAAUGAAAAGAAGUCUCAUAAGUUUAUUUUAAGUGCUUUUGUUGAUCUCAUCACUGUUAUGCGACGGAAUUUGGAGGCAGCUCCGGCGAAGCCGUGCAGCGUUCGAACUGUUAGGAUUGGGAGGGAGGUGGUGAGGAAGAAAAAGACUAAGCAAUUUACCAUACAAUUUGAGUCUUCGUAACUCCUUUUUCUUUUUCUUUUUCUUUUUUUGUUUAUUUUCAUGAAAUAAAAAUAUAUAUUAGAAUAAAUAUGGGAGAAGGGAGAUUUUUCUUCCAAAACAGUGUAACAAUUGUUGAAUAUUUGAGUACUUAUGCCAUGAUCCAAUUGUUCAGUCAAAAAAUAAAUGUCAUGAUCCUAUUGUUGUUGUUAUGCA